UUAGGGAGGGAAAGCCGGAGAGGCUGAGGCAAGGGCUGUACAAGCAUGCCUUUUAUAUUUACUAGCAACUGAGGAGAGAGAGGGAGCAGCUGAAGGCACAGACAACUGGUGUGCAUGGCUUUCCCAAGAGGAAAUGAAAAGAAAGAAGCUCAGCGAGGAGAGUGAAUGAGUGAGCGGGAGAGAGGAACAGAGGGAGGGAGGGAGCAUGCCGGCUGGAGAGGAAGAGCGAGAGAGAGGGAGAGAGAGGGAGUGAUUCUCACAGUGGCUGUGUCCUAAUCCUAGACCAUCUCCAAGAAGCGGCGGAGCAGAUAGUGAAGUGAGUCCGAGAGCCGCGAUGUGUCCUCCUCCUGCGCCGCCGCCACCGCCACGCCAGCUUGUGUGAAAGUGCAGGCAUCUCCGCAGCCCCCCGUCCCCGGCCCCCCUUGGCUCCCACGCGCACUGUGUGUUUGCUGUGGGUUGGGGGGGCACUGCCCAGGGCAGAGGAGGAGAAGAGGAGGAGGAGGAGGAGUGGAUCAGAUCAGCAACAGCAGGCUGAACGCUGGAAAUGACCAUCAGGUCUGUUAGAUCCUCAGCCAGUCAGAGCCUUCGUUAGCAGCAGCGUCGGCGCGUGAUUGGAAGCAGCAUGGCGACCAUGCCCUUUGUCAGUGAGGGGAAGUGCGUGAGUGUGGAGUGGGAUUUCCUACAAGGACUACUGGCCAAGCCUCCCACCUUGCCCUGCCUUCAGAACUUGCGUAAGGAGAAGUCUCGUAAUGCAGCUCGCUCUCGACGGGGGAAAGAGAACUUUGAGUUCUUUGAGUUGGCCAAGAUGCUGCCUCUCCCUGGAGCCAUCACCAGCCAGCUGGACAAAGCUUCGGUCAUCCGGCUCACCAUCAGCUACCUGCACAUGCGCACCUUUGCCAGCCAGGGUGACCCGCCCUGGAGCCCUCUGCUGGAGGGAGACAGCAACUGCAGCAAAGUUCGACGUUCGUCUCAUUCUCUGGCGACUGACAUGUUCGAGCAGCAUCUUGGGGCGCACCUCCUGCAGUCUCUGGACGGCUUUGUGUUCGUGGUCAGUCAUGAGGGACGUUUCCUCUACAUUUCAGAGACGGUUUCCAUCUACCUGGGACUCUCGCAGGUGGAGCUGACCGGCAGCAGCGUGUUUGACUACAUUCACCCGGCCGACCACGUGGAGAUGGCCGAGCGGCUGGGAAUCAGGCCGCAUCUGAGGGCCGAGGCCGGCUGCCACGUGGCACCCGAGAGUGCCUCCAGCUCCGCCUCCACCUCCUCACUGGCUGGCACACCUGAACCUGCAGCUCCGUCCAGUCCUCACUCUCCUGCUGAUGAUCCUCCUGAUCGUGGAUUCUUUAUCCGCAUGAAGUCCACGCUGACCAAAAGAGGCCUGCAUGUUAAGUCUUCUGGAUAUAAGGUAAUUCAUGUGACGGGGCGAAUCCGCUGCCGACCUGCACUUGUUCCAGGCUCCACCCGCUCAGUCCGGCGACCGAUGGGUCUGGUGGCGCUGGCGCACACUCUCCCCCCCUCCACGCUCAAUGAAGUCCGCAUGGAAAGCCACAUGUUUGUCUUCCGAGUCAACAUGGACCUCCAGGUCACAUAUUGUGAAAACAGGAUCACCGAGUACAUGGAUCUGACCCCCGCAGAGGUGGUGGGACGGACGUGUUACCACUUUAUUCACGUGGAGGACCUGGAAAACCUCCGACAGAGUCAUGAGGACUUGCUGAGGAAGGGCCAGGUGGUGACCGGAUACUAUCGCUGGCUCCAGAGGAGAGGCGGAUACCUGUGGAUCCAAUCCACCGCCACCGUCUCCAUCAACCACAAAGCGCCUCACGAGCGCAAUGUCAUCUGGGUCAACUACGUCCUGAGUCGAACAGAGUUGCCCGACACUCCGCUUGAUCUCCUGCAGCUCCCAGAGAGCAUGAGAGCAGAGCGCCUUCGAGUUAGUUCCUCCCCCACCGACAGCUCCCCGCAGGCCCGAGGCUCGCAGCCAGUGAAGAGCUCUGCGAGUAAGAGUGAGCCCGACACCAAAAGCAGAGAGAAAUUCGCCGCCGCCGCUAUCUGCGCCGAUGACAGGAGGAAGCGCCUGCUGAGGUCAGCCCCUGAGGGCGCUCCCCCCGAAAGCCGCCGGCGCCUCGAGGAGCUCCGUCAUGCUGAGGAGAGCGUGUCAGCUUCUUCAGACCAGGCGAGCGAAAGCGAGGGGGAGGAGGAGGAAGAGACAGAGUGGGACCAGGGGAGAGAUGGGGACAAGCUGAAACAAGAAGAAGGAGGAACUAAGCAAAGUCGGGGCGGAGACACGCCAACUAGAGGAGAAAGGAGCAGCAGGGUGCAUAAUGGCCGAGCUGUGAUUCAGCAGUUAAAGAGCGUCGUAAGUCCGUCUUCCUUGCCCGGCAGCCCCAACAUUAAAACUGAACAUGAAGCCCUCACCACCGGGGGACGCUGGGGGUCACACACACAGACCUCCUCCUCGCACACGCCCCUCCACGCCACACAGCCCCAAUCCUCACAUACACCCUCCAGCAGCCUCAACGGGGACAGCCCCACCACGCCGAUCCCAGACUCUUCAUCCAGCAGUGAAGCUCCGCCCAAAGGGCUCUUCAGUCCUCCGUCCCCGGCUCUGUCUCCUGCCAUGUCAGUGUCCUCCCCGCUGCCCCGUGAGGAGAGGCCUUUGUCAGGGGUGACCAGCCGGAGCAGUGGCGUUACUGGUGCAGGUAGCGGCCCUGACUUUGAGCUGCUCCAGAGACUGGCUGCAGGUGGUGCAGCCGGGCGGGUCCUCUUCCACCCUCUUGCUCUCGGCCCUCAGGGUCCUCAGAGCCUCUACGCCCCUAGCACCAUCCGCUAUGCUCCACCUGAGCUGCCUCCCUCCCACCACCAUGGCGUGGGACACGGCGAUGGCCUGCAGCUACGCUCGGACCACCACAAGGGACCCCCGCCGGCCUUCUUCCCCCACCUACAGCGGCUGGCCGGCCUUCCACCCUUCAGCGGUUUCUCCUCGUCUGACAGCCCGUUCUCCUCCGGCCUGCCCUUCUGUAUGAAUGGACUGAGGGGGGCUGCAGGCUCUGAGGAGGACUAGAAGGAGGGCGGGAGGUGAGAGGAGAAAAAGAACGGUGGGAUCUGGUCACACUUGCAUUUUGGCACUGAAUUUUCAGAGGUAAUUUCAGGUCAUAUUCGUGCACCGCCAGCCGUGAAUUUGUUUGGAUGCAGGAGCUGAAAUG